AUGGAAGAGAUUCACCGCCACCAAUGGCUACUCGAGAUACCUUCCGUACUUAAAGGAGCGCAAGACCUACGACAGGGCCCAGUCCGAUUCAAAGAAGCGCUUCGAGCUCACACUGGCAAUGUAGUCCUGAGUCUUGAAGUCUUGGAGUAUUACACGGGUACGAUGCUAGGCUCAAUGGUCCCGGAUCUUAGUAGUUUCCAAGGUUUCUUCUAG